UUGAACAACGAUCUCGAUCCACCAUCGAGUUAUCUGCAGUAAUUCGGUCGGAGACUCAGUCCGUUCCCGUGUUUGGACGGCGGCGGCGACGGGAAAGAAUGGCCUCUACCCGGUAAACGUCUCCGUUCAGUGUUUUUUUCACUCUCUGGGUAAAUCAUUUUGAGAAAGUAGUGAAAUGGUUAUUAGGAAGCAACUUUGCAGCAAUUGCUAUCUCUUGUUUCGUCCUCACACAAAAAGCUUAUCUUCAGCAACCUUAGAAUCAAGUUUCAAUGACAUAGAAACCCAAAUUAGAUCAUUAUGUGAUAAAUCCAGUCCCCGACUCGAAGAUGCUUUGCUCCUCUUUAAUCAAGCUGUUGAAAUCCACGGCCUGCCUUCUGAAUCAACAUGCGAUUUUCUUUUACAAACAUUUUCAAAGUCAAAGAAGUAUAACAUGGUUAUCAAUAUCUACAAUAAGAUGAAGGGUAUUCAAGUUUUUUGCAGUUUCAUAUCAUUGCAAGUUCUGAUCGAGUUUUUCCUUCAUUCAAAUAAGCCCGAUUUUUCUUUUGGAGUGUUGGGCACGAUGGUGAAGUGUGGUUUUCAAGUUAACACGUUUUGUAUAAAUGUUGUUUUAAAUGGACUUUGUCGAAAUGGUGAUACUUCAAGAGCUGUAAAGGUUUUCAAUGAAUGGUGCAGAGGGUCUGUAUUGCCUGAUGUGAUUACUUUCAGCACUCUUAUGAACAGGCUUUGUAAAGAGGGUCGAAUGGGAGAAGCAAUUGAUUUGUUUGACGACAUGAAGCUGAAGGGCAUCAAUCCGGAUGUUAUUACUUUCACAACUCUUAUGAACGGGCUUUGUAUAAAUGAUCGAAUGAGAGAAGCAAUGGAUUUGUUUGAUGACAUGAGGUUGAAGGGCCUCAAUCCGAAUGUUCUUACUUACAACACUCUUAUGAACGGACUUUGUAAAGAGGGUCGAAUGGGAGAAGCAAUGUAUUUGUUUGAUGACAUGAAGCUUAAGAGCCUCAAUCCGGAUGUUAUUACUUACAACACUCUUAUGAACGGGCUUUGUGAAAAUGGUAAAAUAGUAGAAGCAAUUGAUUUGUUUGAUGACAUGAAGCUGAAGGGCUUCAAUCCCAAUGUGAUUAGUUUCACAACUCUUAUGAACGGACUUUGUAAAGAGGGUCGAAUAGGAGAAGCAAUGGAUUUGUUUGAUGACAUGAAGCUGAAGGGCUUCAAUCCCAAUGUGAUUACUUUUACAACUCUUAUGAACGGACUUUGUAAAGAGGGUCGAAUGGGAGAAGCAAUGGAUUUGUUUGAUGACAUGAAGCUGAAGGGCUUCAAUCCCAAUGUGAUUACUUUCACAACUCUUAUGAACGGGCUUUGUAAAGAGGGUCGAAUGGGAGAAGCAAUGGAUUUGUUAGAUGACAUGAAGCUGAAGGGCUUCAAUCCCAAUGUGAUUACUUUCAACACUCUUAUGAAUGGGCUUUGUAAAGAGGGUCAAAUGGGAGAAGCAAUGGAUUUGUUUGACGACAUGAAGCUGAAGGGCUUCAAUCCGGAUGUUUUUACUUACAACAUUCUUAUGAACGGGCUUUGUAAAGAGGGUCGAAUGGGAGAAGCAAUGGAUUUAUUUGAUGACAUGAAACUGAAGGGCUUCAAUCCGAAUGUUCUUACUUACAACACUCUUAUGAACGGACUUUGUAAAGAGGGUCGAAUGGGAGAAGCAAUGUAUUUGUUUGAUGACAUGAAGUUGAAGGGCAUGAAUCCGAAUGUUUCUACUUAUAACACUCUUAUGAACGGGCUUUGUAAAGAGGGUCGAAUGGGAGAAGCAAUGGAUUUGUUUGAUGACAUGAAGCUGAAGGGCUUCAAUCCGGAUGUUGUUACCUACACCACUCUUAUGAACGGGCUUUGUGAAAAGGGUCAAAUGGGAGAAGCAAUAGAUUUGUUUGAUGACAUGAAGCUUAAGAGCCUCAAUCCGAAUGUUAUUACUUACAGUGCACUUGUAAAUGGAUUUUGCAAAGCUGAGAAUUUCGACGAGGGAAAGAAACUUUACGAUAUGAUGUUGGAAAAAGGAGUUGAACCGGACGCAUUCAUUUAUUCAAGUUUAUUACAGUAUCUUUGCAAAAUGAGGCGAUGGGAGGAAGCUAGCGAGUUAUUCAAUGUGAUGUCACACCGAGGAAUAAAACAGAAUCUGGUAAUCUAUAGCGUUUUAAUCGAUGGGCUGUGUAAAGAUGGAAGGCCUAUGGAUGCCAUGCGGUUAGUAGACUUAAUGGAGGAGAAUGGUGAAGAGUCAGACAAAAUAACAUAUACUUCACUAAUCAAUGGAUUUUGUAAAUCUGGUAUGGUUACCGAAGCUUUAAGAGUCUUUGAAAGAAUGACUAAAGGGAAUAAUAAUAAAAUCGACAUUGUUUCUUACAAUUCAUUAGCUUGGGGGCUUUGCAAGAAUGGGAAGGUUGAUGAGGCGGUGAGGUUAGUAUCUUUGAUGUUGAAAGACGAGAAUCGUGUAGAGCCAAAUCAUCAAUUGUUAACAGCUUUAAUUUACGGGCUAUGUAAAGAAGGUCGUCUAAAGAAAGCGAUGGAGAUUCAUCGUGAAAUGAACAUGAGAGAAAUAUUUCCUCUUAAUAUACUAAUACAUGCUCAUUUGAAGAAAGGAGAUGUUGGUGAAGGAAUGAAGUUAUUGAAGAAUGGGCUUGAAAUGGGAUUAGUUCUGGAUUCAUACACUUAUUCAGCGUUGAUAAAUGGAUUCUGCCGAUUGAGAAUGAUGAACAUUGCGAAAGGUCUUUUGAUUCACAUGACGAAUCGUGGAAUUCUGCUUGCAACUCGUCAUUACAACAAGUUACUAGAAAUUCUCUGCAAAGAAGGUAGUUUGGAGGAGGCAAAAAGUUUCUUUUUAGCGAUGAGCAAAACAGACAGUAAACCGGAUGUUUUCUCUUUCAAUAUCAUAAUUCAUGCAACUCUAAGAGCGAAUGAUCUACAAUCGGCGGAACAAUUAUUCGAGGAAAUGCUUCAAAUGGGCGUGGAACCUAAUGUUGUGACCUUUUCAACACUUGUAAAUGGAUUUAUGAAAUUAGGACAUUGGCAGGCGGGAAAAGCCACCUUCGAGAGGAUGGUGGCUUGCGGUUAUGGUCCUACUGCUGCUGUAUACGAUUCUUUGCUAAACGGUUUUCUUGCGAUGGGUGAAAAGGAAGAAAUAAUUGGUUUGCUUAGACGGAUGGCAGCUGAUGGGUUUCGUCUUAACGAAGAAAUUACUGAUACAAUUCUCAAAUGUUUGUGUCUUUUUUCUGAACAUGAUAAUGUUGAAGAGAUCUUGCCUAGUUUUCAACAGGAGGUUUCUAAGGUGAUUUGAGAAGAAAAUGGAAGAAUUGUAUUGAAUUGAAAUAUUUGAGUUAAAAAUGAUAGUGAUCAUACUUGGGUGACUCUAUUA